GGCAGGAAGGGGGGAUUUUGUUGUGUGUGACGGGGGGAGGGCUGGUGGAAUUUUUUUGUGGGGAGGGGGGAAAAAGAAGGGACAAGAGCAAGACCCCCCCACUGGCUGAUUCCCCCCACUCUCCAGGGCCAGCCCCCCUCGCCCUCUCCUCUCCGGAUCUGUUGGAACCAUGAGCUGGGGGACAGAGCUGUGGGAUCAGUUUGACAACUUAGAAAAACACACGCAAUGGGGAAUUGAUGUUCUGGAAAAAUACAUCAAGUUUGUAAAAGAAAGAACAGAGAUUGAAAUCAGCUAUGCAAAACAACUUAGGAAUCUUUCAAAGAAAUAUCAGCCCAAAAAGAACUCCAAAGAAGAGGAAGAAUACAAGUACACAUCAUGCAAAGCCUUCCUAGUCACCUUGAAUGAAAUGAAUGACUAUGCCGGCCAGCAUGAAGUCAUUUCGGAGAACAUGACCUCUCAGAUCACUGCAGAGUUAACACGCUACAUGCAAGAGCUGAAACAGGAAAGGAAAUCGUACUUUCAUGAUGGAAGAAAGGCACAACAGUACAUUGAAACUUGCUGGAAACAGCUUGAAGCAAGUAAAAGGCGGUUUGAACGUGACUGCAAGGAAGCUGAUAGAGCACAGCAAUAUUUUGAGAAAAUGGAUGCUGACAUCAACGUUACAAAAGCAGAUGUUGAGAAGGCAAGACAGCAAGCCCAAAUACGACAUCAAAUGGCAGAAGACAGCAAAGCAGAAUACUCAUCCAGUCUUCAGAAAUUUAACCACGAGCAACAUGAACAUUAUCACACACACAUACCAAACAUUUUCCAGAAAAUACAAGAGAUGGAAGAAAGGAGGAUAGUGAGGAUAGGUGAAUGCAUGAAAACGUAUGCAGAAGUGGACCGCCAGGUGAUCCCCAUAAUCGGGAAGUGUCUGGAUGGAAUAACAAAAGCAGCAGAAUCAAUUGAUCAGAAAAAUGAUUCACAACUGGUAAUAGAAGCAUUUAAAUCAGGAUUUGAACCACCAGGAGAUAUUGACUUUGAAGACUUCACUCAGCCAAUGAAACGCACUGUCUCGGAAACCAGCCUUUCAAAUUCCAGAGGUGAUGGAAAAUCUGAGCCCAAGUUUGGUGGCAAAUCCAAGGGCAAAUUGUGGCCAUUCAUCAAGAAAAAUAAGCUUAUGUCCCUUUUAACAUCCCCCCAUCAGCCCCCUCCUCCUCCCCCUGCCUCUGCCUCACCCUCUGCUGUUCCCAACGGCCCCCAGUCUCCCAAGCAGCAAAAGGAACCCCUCUCCCAUCGCUUCAACGAGUUCAUGACCUCCAAACCCAAAAUCCACUGCUUCAGGAGCCUAAAGCGUGGGCUUUCUCUGAAGCUGAUAACUUUGAACACACAGGUCUGGAGUCUAAUAGAGGGUGGAGGACCAGAGGAUUUCAGCAAUCUCCCACCUGAACAAAGAAGGAAGAAACUCCAGCAAAAGGUUGAUGAGCUAAAUAAAGACAUUCAGAAGGAGAUGGAUCAAAGAGAUGCCUUAACAAAAAUGAAAGACGUCUACAUCAAGAACCCGCAGAUGGGAGAUGCAGCCAGUGUAGAUUACAAACUAGCUGAACUGGGACAAAAUAUGGAAAAGCUGCGAUUAGAGGCUCAGAAAUUUGAGGGCUGGUUAGCUGAGGUUGAAGGAAGGCUACCUGUACGGACUGAACAGAGCAGACGACAGAGUGGAAUGUAUGAAACCCAGAACACUUCAGCAGUCAAUAACUGUGCACAGGACCGAGAGAGCAGCCCAGAUGGCAGUUACACAGAGGAGCAAAGUCAGGAGAGUGAGAUGAAGGUGCCAAUGACAGAGUUUGAUGACGAGUUUGAUGACGAAGAACCACUCCCUACCAUAGGAACAUGUAAAGCUCUCUAUACAUUUGAAGGUCAGAAUGAAGGCACAAUUUCAGUAGCAGAAGGCGAAUUGCUCUAUGUAAUAGAGGAAGAUAAAGGUGAUGGGUGGACACGAAUCAGGAGGAAUGAAAAUGAAGAGGGUUAUGUCCCAACAUCCUAUGUCGAAGUCUAUUUGGACAAAAAUGCCAAAGAUUCCUAAAGGUGUUUGUGCUGGUGCAAGAACCUGGGGCGAGCUUGUCACAGAAGGAGAAACAAAUGGUCUGUUCACCCCGCAGGCAGUUAAAAUUCACCCACAUAAACAGACUCCUGGUCUGGUCUGGAGUUAGCACUUGAAAAAGCUGAAUCUAAAUUCCAUCCCAAUAUUACACAGCCGCUUGCUCUUUUUUAUGGCAUGUUACUUGUGGCUCAAACUAACUUAUUGACAUUCCCCAUUGUUCUGCCAAAUGGGCAUUGUCCUUCCAUAGAGCAUCACCAACAAGCCCCCGCUUCCCACCACCCUCCCCACAACCAGACAGGAUGCUGGCUGCAUUUUGAUGCCAAGGGUAACCAGAGAGUCCCACGCAUGUGCCAGUUGGGAUUCUGUUCUCCAGUGGCCCUCAGUCCAUCUGAAUGUAUGCACUGGUCCAUCAGCAUUUCACACGGUGCCUUUAAUGCUAAUCCUGCAGAUAUGCUCAUCAGACAGCCAGGGAAGGAGAUCCAUAGAAGUGGAAAGCCAGUUACAAUAAUAAUAUGACAGCAGCUGAAUUGGACACUGAAUUUGAUUGUUCAGUUUUACAUGCCUGAUAUUCAAUAUUACAUAUUCCAUAAGGAGUCCCAAAUGUCACUCCACCAUUUUUUAAAUGGCUGGUGCUCCCUCGAAGAGCUCAAUCCCAUUGGCCUUGCUGUAUCUGUAUGCUUGCUUUCCUGUGCCCUGUCCCACGCAAACACAUACCCAGGUAUUUGGGUUUGAAGCCACAUUUCCCCCAUCACCAAGACCUCCAUUUGAAUCUUGUUUCAGCCUGCAUGCUCGCCCUGUUGCCUUGCCUGCGCAUACCUUCCUAACAGUCGCAUCACUUUGCAGCUCAUUGUGCUUAACCUCUUUCCAGUGUUUUAGCUUUUAACCUGCCUUCUCCUUUUGCAUGGGCUCCUGCACACUCUCCUCAGAAUAUUCGAAUAGCAGAACUUACAUUUAAAAAAUAAAAUUACCUGCUCUCCACUCCCCUCUGCAUCUUGCCACGGACUAGACCUUUGCCUGGGCGUUUCAAACAGGAAUUCUUCAUUGUGUAUCGACCAUCAUGUUGUCAUGUGAUCUUAUUUAAAGGAGAAACAUUUUGAUGGUGGUGCUGUACCUCAUCCUUGAUCUACUGUGGAAGAAAUUAUGCUGCUUCCAGAUAUCAGGCUGAUGUGGAGCUAAACUCACUCAAGAGGGGUUAGUUGUUUUCUAAGCUCCUACAACUAUGAAUUUCUGACUCCUCCUCCUUACAGAAUCUUCACAUUACUAGGCUAUUGUGGUAAUCAUACACCUCCUCAAACCUAGUGUAACAGCAGCCAGUGGAAAAUAAGAACAGCUCUCCAAGGCCUCUUCAGAAAAUCCGCACCUCUUCAGAAAUAUUCUGGACUUUUUGUAGAAGGCCUAGAAUAGGGGUAGUCAACCCGAAAACGGCAAUGCCUGUUCUGUUCUUAAAAGGGCUGCAGCUGGGCCCUCCCCCCCCCUCCCCCCUUCUUUCUUUUUUUGCUCAAAAAAAUGCAGUGGCUGGUUUUUUUUUUUGUGUGUGUGGCUCAACAACUUUUUUCUCUUGGCUCUUUGUGCUACAUCCACCACUAUUUUGGUUUUUCAUCUGUAAUGGGUUGGCCAUCCCUGGCCUAGAAUGAGAGAUUUAAAAUGAAUGGUCUUGUGGCUAAUGGCCCUAAAAUGAAACCUGUCAGCUUUGGUUUGCAGGCAGGCCAUGUCUGUUGCAAUGCUGUCCCUUUUCUUGUGAGAAGGGGCAAUAUUAAAAUAUAGUAUCCAAGAGUCUUUAUGUACAGUAACACCUAGCUCUUCCUGUCUCAGGAUGAGAUGGUUGUCUUUAUGGUAGGUUAAAUGUUGUGUUCACAACUUUGUCCCUCUUAAAAUAAUAAAAAAAAUCUAUAUUUUUAAUACCAGAGAGUCCUUCACUUCUACAGUUGAUACUGUAGCUAAUGCUUCAUCAUGCUUAAUAAGUAUAAGCAUCAGCAAGCAAGACGACAAUUUUUUUAAUCAAGUUAACAUAGGCCAGGAGGCUGCAUUAUCUAAGCAGAUGGUAUAAACUCAGAAACCUCCGAAGCCCUUCAGUUGCAAUGUUGUCACAGCCCGAAGGGUCAGAAUCAGCUCAACUGCCAUCUAUACCACUGCUGCUACUAUGUUCGCUUCAUUCUUUAGAUCCAUGUCUUUGAUACCAGAAUAAAAUCCACCAUGUGCGCAAUUUGCUCUUAUAAUGUCGUAAUGCAGAACUGUAACAUAAGUGUGUGAUCAUUCAUUUGCAUUUCAAGAUCAGCAUAUCUCUCUAUCAGGGGAUCUAAAUUGGUUAAGCAGCCAACAGGCAUGCAAAUAUCUACAAAUAUUUUUAGCUGCAGUAUUUAUUCGUGUCUGAUGCACUGUUGAAUCAGCAGUGAGAAUCAGCUGAUUUUCACCCUUUUUGUGCCAUCUAUGUAAAAAUGAGAGAGUUUUCUUUUAUAUAUUUAAACUAGGUGGACAGUAUAUUAUUGUCAGCCUCUGUGGAACAUUUGAACUAUUCCAAUGUCAGUGUUGCUCUACCUAGUGCUUUAGAAAAAUUAGCUUUGGCCAUGCCAUCUGAUUUUCUUUGAAAGGGAUUUAUUAGAAGACCGUCUGUGGAGUUUUUAUAAACCCGCUGCCCCAUUUCAGAAAGCCUGGACCUUAAAACUGAUGACAAGGAAACUGCCACCAGUCAGGUACUAUAGGUUUGAUCUAUUUCUUUUGCUAUAUGUAUUCAGAGUAAGAAGUAGGUAAGUGAUAGUGUUUAACUUUAAAACAAAUAAGACAGAUUAAACACAAGACAUAUGAUAUUUAGUGUUGAUCUAGCUGUGUUGGUCCCAGGAUAUUAGACUCACCAGAUGGGCGAGGCCAUACCUGAAAAGCUCCAUGUAAGCUUGAAAGCUUGUCUCUCAAGCUGGUCUAAUAAAGGUUGUGUUACCUCCCCCUUCCCUCCCCCGUUUCUCUAACCAUAUGACUGGUUUAUGAAAACUUUGCUUGAAUUCACUAAGAUCACACUGAAGUGUGAUUAUACACACUCUAACAUGGAAACUCACCAUUGUCCCAAGCAAAACAAUGCUUCUAAUGCCCUUUCUUAACAUCUGUAAAUAACAGAAGAAAAGAAACCUAUUUAGUGAUACUGAAAGUUGUGUUUAAUCAUGAAUAUUUUUCAAAAGUUCUUUUUGGAUGGUUGCAUAUUGAUUUUUUUUUUUCCUGCUUGAAGUGUCAAAAGACUUAAAAGAAGCCAAAUUAUAUUUUAACAUGAUGCUGAGCACUUUUUAAAUUUGUGUGUGUGUGUGUGUAUGUGUUUGCGCACUGAAUUCUAGUUCUUGGUGGCAUCUCACGUGUUGUGAUUUCAUUGCCAUUGUAAAAGGUUCUGAUACUACCCAUUCAUUUCUGGACACAGAAUUGAACCAAAUAAAAUGCUUCCACUGGAAAGCGAAUAUUGAUCUUGUAACCAUGAAUGAAAAGUCAUCUACAUAUUUAAAUAAACCUUUAAUUCCA